CAGUGCGCAGGAUUGAGAUGGCCGUCACUUCUCCGCUAAACGCGCUGCUGUUGCGCACAGAAGUAAUGCCGCUACAAAGCAUGUAAGCUGCUGUAAUACUGUAUAGGCUACAAGUUGUAAUACUGUAUAGGCUACACGUUGUAAUACUGUAUAGGCUACACGUUGACUGUUAUCAGUGAUUCGUCAUUUCCACGGAUAUAAGGCAUAAUCCAAAGGCGCAUCAAAGAUCAUACUGAAUGGCGAUCUGCGUUUCAUAGAUUUAUUUACAUCGAAGCUUCUUAAAAUGGAUGGGAAAACGACUGGCACCGAUCUUGAUGUUUCGAGAGACAGAAAGGGUCCUGUGACCGACGGCCUGAAGAGUGGCCAUCGUGAGGAGGUUGUGGUCAGCGGUAUCAGGAGGCUGAGCACCAUAUCUGAGAAGGACGCUGACGUUUCGUCCCUGGACGGCGUGGGAAACCAGUGGGCAGGUUCCAGCUCCUCUCUCCUCUCAUCAGACAAACACCUGCUCAGCAGCGACUUCACCUCUUUUGAGUCCAACAUGCCUGAUUCUGGAGAUGAUUGUGCGUCUCUCCUGUUGGCGUGUCUCCAUUGCCGCUUCUCUGAGCUGCUGAGUCUGAUCCCAGAGGCCUGUGAGCGCAGUGUGGUGCGCUGCUGUCCCUCCUGUGGGUACUACCGGGCGUCCAAAGAGCCCUCGCGUGCCAACGACUGCUGCAGCUGCAACAUGAGCUGCGACUGUGGUCUGCUCGACUCGUGCCAAGAGACCAGCGAGCUGAUCGAGCUGGCCAUGGAGAUAUCAGAGGUGUGCUAUCGUUGAGGGAGGCCACUCCGCCGUGGACAAAGUGAAUUAGAGGAGUGCUGGUCUAACCAGAGAGCAGGGGAAGCCUUUUGAUGCUGUUGACACAUGAGAGCAGCUUCAUCCGUCUGGGAUGGAGGAAGUAGCCCACUUGACUGAGUAUGUCCAACUGUGAAUGGUCCACCUGGAGACAUGGGACUGUAUGGAUAAGAACAGGACAAUUGGCCAGUCAAGUAUAUUGAUACAGUGCGCAUCCUCUCACUGUUUCUUUGCUCAUACGGUCCCGAUCGCAUCUCAGAGAUCCAAUGAAGUGCCCCAGUGCUGCAGCUCUCAGCUGUGGCGUCUUCUUCCUGCUGCUCCAUUUCCACAGCAAGGUGUCCGUGUGCAUUAGGCUAAUGCAGACACGCUAUGGCUAUGCAUUGUUUAUGAAUGCCUUUGCACGAUUUGUGAUCAAUACAGCAUGCCUCUUUAAUAAAUCCCAUUAUAUGACGUGCAUAAUGUAUGGAUUUCACAUGUUGAUCUUAUUCAGUAUCAAUCAGAGUUCAAAGAUCUGAUGUUCAUAUCUGUAAUCUGGGAAUACCGUUAAAUUAUGAAUGGAUGAUAAGAGCCAGUUUUCCUUGCCUUACAGACUACAGACUAUUUGUUGCCACACCUAUUUCACAGAAAGCACAAAGCAUAUAUUCUAGCUGCACAACUCUCUGCUGCCCUCUACAGUGCAUCUUUAAAACAACAA